AACAACGGCGGUUUGGAAAGUCAAUAUACCAAAAUUAUAACCAGAGAGAGAGAGAGAGAUAGAGAGAGAGUUUCAACGGUUGCAAAAAUGCUGUGCCAAAACUAGGAAAGAAAGAUACGAUUUUCAGUUCGUUUACCAAAAGAAAAAUAGUUAAAAGUUGAUCAAAUUUGUUCGUAAGAAAAAUUAUACCUUUGCUAUAGCUCUCAACCAGAUACUGAUCCCACUUUACAGAUUUGACCGACGAGGCAUAGGCAGCGAGAGAUAGAUGGAGAGGGAUGUGAAGAAGCUGAAAGAGGCGGUGGAGGAGGUGGAGGUAGUAGAUGCGCACGCCCACAAUAUUGUGGCCCUGGACUCCACCUUCCCUUUCAUCAGUUGCUUCUCUGAAGCCCAUGGUGAUGCUUUAUCCUACGCACCCCAUUCCCUCUCCUUCAAGAGAAAUUUGAAGGAUAUUGCUGAACUCUACGGAUCUGAAAAUUCAUUGGUUAAGGUUGAAGAAUAUCGCAGACUCUCUGGAUUGCAGUCUAUUAGCUCAACAUGUUUCAAAGCUGCAAAAAUCUCUGCCAUACUCCUUGAUGAUGGUAUAGAGUUUGACAAAAAUCAUGACAUAGAGUGGCAUAAAACUUUUGCACCUGUUGUUGGCAGAAUCUUGAGAAUUGAACGCCUGGCUGAGAAGAUUCUAGACGAAGAGUUGCCUGGUGGAUCUUCUUGGACAUUGGAAGUGUUCACCAAUAAGUUUGUUGGAAAUUUGAAGUCAAGUGCUGACAAAAUUUUUGGCUUGAAAAGCAUAGCUGCAUACCGCAGUGGCCUAGAAAUCAAUCCAAAUGUCUCUAUGAAAGAUGCCGAGGAAGGUCUUGCUAAAGUUUUACAUGGUGGAAAACCUGUCCGUAUAACAAAUAAAAACUUUAUUGACUAUGUCUUCACAUGUAGUCUGGAGAUCGCUGUGUUCUUUGACUUGCCAAUGCAGAUACACACAGGUUUCGGAGACAAAGAUCUCGAUAUGCGGCUGGCCAAUCCUCUUCAUCUCCGAGCUGUUCUUGAGGAUGAGAGAUUUUCUAAAUGCCGUAUCGUUCUUUUGCAUGCAUCUUACCCAUAUUCAAAAGAAGCGUCAUAUUUAGCCUCUGUUUAUUCCCAGGUAUACCUGGACUUUGGAUUGACUGUUCCUAAGCUCAGUGUCCAUGGGAUGGUAUCUUCAGUCAAAGAACUUUUGGAGCUAGCUCCAAUAAAGAAGGUGAUGUUCAGCACAGAUGGCUAUGCGUUUCCUGAAACUUAUUACUUAGGUGCAAAAAAAGCACGUGAAGUUAUCUAUUCUGUCCUAGCUGAUGCUUGUGCUGAUGGCGAUCUCUCUAUACACGAAGCUAUUGAAGCUGUUAAAGACAUAUUUUCCCAAAAUGCAAUUCAGUUCUAUAAAAUCAAGUUACCUAUUGAGCAUUUUGGUUCAGAAAAGAGUUUAUCUCCUACUUCUGUGAAGCUGAAGACCAUUGCUCAUGCUGACAACAUUGCACUUGUUCGUGUUAUCUGGGUGGAUGCUUCCGGACAACAUAGAUGUCGUGUCAUUCCUGCAGCACGGUUUAACAAUGUUGUUGUGAACAAUGGAGUUGGUUUGACAUUUGCAUCUAUGGGAAUGACUUCAUUUGCUGAUGGCCCUGCUGAUGAAACUAAUCUGACUGGAGUUGGUGAGAUUAGGCUGAUACCUGAUUUAUCGACCAGAAAGAGAAUUCCAUGGAAUACUCGAGAAGACAUGGUUUUGGCUGACAUGCAUCUUAGACCUGGUGAGGCUUGGGAAUAUUGCCCAAGAGAGGCCUUACGAAGGGUUUCAACGAUUCUGAAAGAAGAAUUUAACUUGGUAAUGAAUGCCGGAUUCGAAAACGAGUUUUUUCUCUUGAAGAGUGUACUAAGGGAGGGGAAAGAAGAAUGGGUUCCAUUUGACUCAACACCGUACUGCUCUACAGCAGCUUAUGAUGCGGCUUCCCCUAUAUUUCAGGAAGUUGUUUCGGUUUUACAAUCGUUGACCAUUGACUUGGAACAGUUACAUGCAGAAUCUGGGAAAGGUCAAUAUGAGAUGGCUUUAGGACACACAGCAUGUACGCAUGCUGCUGACAACUUGAUUUUUAGCCGUGAAGCCAUUAAGGCCAUUGCAAGGAAACAUGGAUUAUUGGCAACGUUUGUGCCGAAGUAUGCAUUAGAUGACAUUGGUUCUGGAUCCCAUGUGCAUAUCAGUUUGUGGCGGGAUGGAGAAAAUGCUUUUAUGGGAUCAUCUGGGCAUGGAAUUUCGAAAAUUGGGGAAGAAUUCAUGGCGGGUGUUUUGAACCAUCUUCCUUCAAUCAUGGCAUUUAUAGCACCUGUUCCAAAUAGUUAUGAUCGAAUACAACCCAAUACAUGGAGUGGAGCAUACCAAUGCUGGGGAAAAGAUAACAGAGAAGCUCCUCUGAGAACUGCAUGCCCCCCUGGAAUUCAACAUGGUUCCGUGAGCAACUUCGAAAUCAAAACAUUUGAUGGAUGUGCAAACCCACACUUAGGAUUGACUGCAAUACUUGCAGCUGGUAUCGAUGGCCUUCGUAGACAUCUUAGUCUGCCCGAGCCAGUCGAUACAAAUCCUUCUACCCUCGAUGCAAAAAGAUUACCAACGUCACUUUCAGAAUCUUUAAGAGCUCUUCAAGAAGACAGUGUGUUGACAGAUCUAAUUGGUGAAAAGCUAUUGGUUGCAAUAAAAGGAAUCCGCAAGGCAGAGGUUGACUACUAUUCGAAGCACAAGGAUGCUUAUAAGCAGCUAAUAUACCGCUAUUAAGCUUUCCUUUCUUAAUUUUUAUUUUUUCUUGAUUAUUAGUCUUUACAAUACCAUAUUAAAGUUAUCUUUAUCUGUUUUGUCGGUUUACGAGGCGAUAAAGUUUUUCUUUUUUUUUUUUUUUUUGAAAAAUAAAUACUAUGAUUAAACGAAACCAUCUGAAUUUUGGUCAUUUUUGUUGUGAUUCUCUGUUUGUUGUUUCCUGAAAUUUUUGCUGAAGUUGGUUAGAGGUAACAGGCUGUUUAAUAUUUUACUGGUUCGUGGAAUUGAAUCACUAACCGUGUAUCA